CGCCAUUGAUUAAGCACCUGUCUUCUCUUCUCAAAUGGACCACCACUGUGGCAUCCUCAAAAACACCCCAAUCAGAUGGGAAUGUUCUUCAAUUUGAGGAUGGAUACUUAGUUGAGACUGUUGUGGAAGGAAAUGCAAUGGGAGUGGUUCCUUACAAAAUCCGCGUUUCUGAGGAUGGUGAACUAUAUGCUGUCGAUGAAGUUAAUAGCAACGUUGUUAAAAUCACUCCACCAUUGUCCCAAUAUAGUAGGUCAAGAUUGGUGGCUGGGUCAUUUCAGGGUUAUACAGGACAUAUCGACGGAAAACCAAAUGAGGCUCGUUUUAAUCAUCCCAAAGGUCUAACCAUGGAUGAUAAAGGAAACAUAUAUGUUGCUGAUACGCUGAAUCUUGCCAUCAGAAAGAUUGGAGAUGCAGGUGUCACAACCAUUGCUGGGGGGAAAUCAAGCACUGCAGGUUUUAGAGAUGGACCUAGUGAAGAUGCCAAAUUCUCAAAUGAUUUUGAUGUGGUGUAUGUUCACUCUACCUGUUCCUUGUUAGUUGUUGAUAGAGGAAAUGCUGCUCUUCGGCAAAUCUCUCUCAACCAAGAGGAUUGUGAUUAUCAGUCCAGUUCAUUUACUAUGACAGAUGUGCUUAUGGUCUUUGGUGCUGUCUUGAUUGGAUAUACUACGUCCAUGCUUCAGCAGGGGUUUGGGCGUUCUUUCUUCUCAAGAACGCAACAAUCUUCAGAGAGUGAAUUUAAAGAGAAAUCAAGUAAGGAGAAACCCAUUCCUAUUGUGGAGAAAGAGGAGCCCAAGUGGCCAUCUUUUGGACAGCUUUUAAUUGAUCUGUCUAAGCUUGCUCUUGAAGCAUUGGUUGGUAUACUCCUCUGUUUCCUUCCUUCUUGGAACAGACUUGGUGGAGCCAGAAAAGGCCUCACCCCUUUAAAAGAUUCUUUAAUAAUGCCAGACGAUGAAGUUCAGCCUCCAUCAGUUCAAAGGCAGAGUACUCCUGCCCCUGUAUCUGAAAGUCGCCAGGUCCAUACUCCAACUACAAGUGAUAAAUACUCGGAAAUGAAACCACCAAAGACCAAGUCUUCCAGUUUUAAGGAUCCUUCUUCGUUAAGCAAGCAUCGGUCUGCAAAACGUCAAGAAUAUGCAGAAUUCUAUGGAUCAGGUGAGGUUCCUUCUCAUCUCAGGUCAAAGAGCCACAAAGAAAAAUCAAGGCAUCGUCAACGAGAUAAAAGUGGAGAGGUCGUUUUUGGAGCAGUAGGGGCUGAGCCAAAACCUGUCGAGGUGAAGCCUGUGGAUUACGAUAGUCCAAAAUUCGAGCAUUACAAUGUCAGAAGCAAGUAUGGGUCUUAUGGUUCCUACCGACUUUGA